UUCCAAAGUAAACGGACCGAUCUGAGUUCAUCUUCCAUGCUCGUCUUCUCCAGUUGAAACAGAUAGCAGAGCUUCUCUUCUUCCUUCUCCUCUGCCAUGUAUUCUCUGAUACUCCAUGGAAGAAGGUUCGGCGAGUUACAGAAAUGGCGUCAAUUGAGAUUCUCAGCGAGCCCUUAUCUAAAUGAGCUUCCUUUUACCAACUCCUUCUCCUCUACUACUAGUAUAAAAGGUAAGAACUUUACUGUCUCUUACCUCGUUGACUCAUUGGGUCUAUCUUCAAAACUCGCAGAAUCAAUCUCAAGAAAAGUCAGUCUCCAAGGCGACAGAAACCCAGAUUCCGUUCUGAAUCUCCUAAAGAGUCAUGCUUUCACAGAUUCUCAGAUCUCCACCAUCAUUAAUGAGUACCCACAAGUCCUAACACUAGACGCUGAGAAGACUCUUGCCCCCAAACUCAAGUUGCUGCUUUCCAGAGGGGCUUCAACCUCCGAGCUCACCGAGAUUAUCUCAAAAGUUCCAGAGAUCUUGGGAAAGAAAUCUAUAAGCAUAUACUACGAUUCUGUCAAAUGCAUCUUAGAAGGAGAUAAGACCUCCACUAACGAAAAGCUAAGUGAUUCUUUCCCACAGGGUACUAGUUUAGAGAACAAAGUCAGAAACGUAUCUGUACUUAGAGGGUUAGGUAUGCCUCAAAAGCUCUUACUCCCCUUGCUCAUCUCCAAAUCUCAGCCCAUUUGCGGAAAAGACAAUUUCGAUGCUUCCCUCAAGAAGGUCAUCGAGAUGGGUUUUGAUCCGACAACCUCAAAGUUUGUCCUAGCUCUCCGCAUGCUUUACCAAAUGAGCGACAAGACGAUUGAGGAGAAAGUUGAAGUCUAUAAGAGUUUAGGCUUCACCGUGGAAGAUAUAUGGGAGAUCUUUAGGAGCACUCCUACUUUCCUAAAAGUCUCCAAGAACAAGAUGCUGAGCUCCAUGGAGACGUUUCUAGGGUUAGGGUUCAGCAGGGAUGAGUUUGCCACGAUGGUCAAACGCUAUCCUCCCUGCAUUGAGUAUUCCACGGAGUCGGUUAUAAAGAAGACUGAGUUUUUGCUGAAGAAGAUGAAUUGGACGGUGAAGGCGGUUGCUUUGCACCCUCAGGUAGCUGGUUACAGCUUGGAGAAGAGGAUUGUACCAAGGUGUAACGUUAUCAAGGCUCUCUUGUCCAAAGGGUUGAUUGGGAGUGAACUCCCUCCAGUGUCGUCUGUUUUGUCGUGUACGGAUCUGAAGUUCUUGAACAAGUAUGUGAUGAAGCAUGACGAGCUGGUUCCUGAGUUGAUGGCUAUCUAUACCGGAGAAGUAGACCAGAAGUCACUCCCACAACAUUGAGCAACGUCUAGGUUUGUUCUUGUUUUCAGAUCAUCCUUACUCCUUUGUAUAAUGACAAGGGGAACCAAAAGAUUAGGUCUUGAUUUAUGUAUCCCAUAUUGUGCUUUUUCAAUCUCAAUUUGACUUGGAUCCGUCCAACAUGUUUCCUUCUAAUAUGCAGUCUGACUGGCACAAUAAUUUGAAUCUUUAAUGCUUAGCCUAAAAGCAGCAAGUUAGG